ACGGCAAGCGUAGCUAGCUAUAGUCGAUGCUCAUCUUCCCCACCACCAAAUAGUGGUACCGAGUAGUGGUACCACUAUCCCUGCUUUAUCGCACAUUUCUUUACCGACAAAACCCUUUUCCUUUUUAGAGAGAAAAACUAUAAAAUAGUAAGCUCGAAUUUCGCCACUCCUUUCCCAUUUCAACCACACAACACGCUCCGCAUUCAACCAACGUAUAAUUUUGGCGUUUUUCGAACUCAAAUUCGGAUCCUGUUGGUGGAUCUCCAUCCUCCAAUCCAAAUGCAUGGGUACAGCCGCCUGGGCGGAGCAGCGCGUUCGCCACCGUCGUCGCCGCGCUUCCGCCAUGGCCGGAGUAAAAGCAGCAGCUGGGGUUCGUCGAAGGAGAGCAAUUCCAUGGAGAAGUUGCUUUUCAUUCUUAUGUCGGCCGUUUUCAGAAAGCGAGGCUUGCUUCUUUUUGCGCCUUUGUUGUAUAUUUCAGGGAUGUUGUUGUACAUGGGUUCGUUGAGCUUCAAUGUUGUGAGUAUAAAGAAUGGUGUCGUUGUUGUACACAAGCGUGCUCCUCCUGGUUCUGUUUAUCGAAGUCCUCAGGUCUUCGAAAAGCUAUGGCCCUUCAUGGAGGCUGAGGCUUCCAAUUCCAACGGAACUGUGAAUGUGUUAAUGAAAGCUUGGAAUAAUAUGGAACAUAGAGAGUGGAAGCCUUGCGCUAACAGAAGUGUUCCUGAAACAGAAUUGCCAAAGUCAAAUGGGUUCCUUAUAAUUGAAGCAAAUGGGGGAUUGAAUCAGCAACGCUUGUCGAUAUGUGAUGCAGUUGCUGUGGCUGGACUACUAAAUGCAACUCUUGUUAUUCCAAUAUUUCAUUUAAAUAGUGUAUGGCGAGACUCAAGCAAGUUUGGAGACAUUUUCGAUGAAGAUUUCUUUAUACAAUCACUUGGAAAUCGUGUGCAUGUGGUGAGAGAACUCCCGGAUGACAUACUUCAGCAAUUUGACAAUAACAUAAGUAAUAUUGUCAAUCUUAGAGUAAAAGCUUGGUCCAGUUCAGCUCACUAUCUUCAGAAGGUCCUUCCUCAGCUUUUGGAAAUGGGGGCUGUUCGCAUUGCACCUUUUUCCAACAGACUAGCUCAGGCUGUACCCUCCAAAAUCCAAGGGCUUAGAUGCUUUGCCAAUUUUGGAGCUCUUAGAUUUUCAGAACCAAUAAGAACACUUGCAGAAAGCAUGGUUGAUCGGAUGGUUAAACAUAGCUCCCAGAGUGGAGGGAAAUAUGUUUCAGUGCAUCUUCGUUUUGAGGAGGAUAUGGUUGCAUUUUCAUGCUGUGAGUAUGAUGGUGGGGAGGAGGAAAAACAUGAAAUGGAUAUUGCUCGUGAAAGGAGUUGGCGAGGUAAAUUCAGAAGACGACAUAGGAUAAUAAAGCCUGGUGCUAACCGUGUAGAUGGAAGAUGCCCAUUGACUCCUUUGGAGGUGGGAAUGAUGCUUAGAGGCAUGGGUUUUGAUAACACAACAUCAGUAUAUGUUGCAGCAGGGAAGAUUUAUAAAGAACAAAAAUACAUGGCACCACUUAAGCAAAUGUUUCCACGAUUACAAACCAAGAAUACAUUGGCAACACCAGAAGAGCUUGCACAAUUUAUGGGGCACUCGUCUAGGUUGGCCGCUCUUGAUUAUACUGUUUGCCUUCAUAGUGAAGUUUUUGUGACAACCCAGGGUGGAAAUUUUCCACACUUCUUGAUGGGUCACAGACGGUAUCUGUAUGGUGGGCAUGCAAAGACGAUUAAACCUGAUAAGAGAAAAUUGGCUCUAUUAUUUGAUAAUCCUAAUAUGAGGUGGGAAGUAUUCAAACAACAAAUGAAAGACAUGCUUCGCCAUAGUGAUCAAAAGGGAAUCGAGUUAAAAAAGGCUGGUGGAUCUCUAUAUACUUUUCCUAUGCCAGAUUGCAUGUGUAAACUGGCAGAAACCAGAAGUGACAAUGGUAAUAUCAGUAAAUAUACGAGUCUAUAACGUAUAAACGUAGAAAAAUCUUCUUUAGGAAAUCAAUUUUUCAAUACGUGUAAUUUAUUUUUGUAUCAUCCACCUUUUUCAUUUUUUUUUUGUAGUGAAAUUAGCAGUGAAAUCAUAAUUCUUUGUCCAUUGUACAUGGGAUUCAUUGUACAUGAGAUUAUUGUUAGUCGAGAAUCGAGAUAGACUUGCACCUGUUCAUCAUGAUUCAUUUUUG